UGGUAGCAGCUCCACACUGGCCAGCAGCGCUUGGCUCUCCUCAUCUGUGGGCGAGUUAACGGUAGUACGGUCGCGCACGGGAUUGCUCCUGUUCAUUUCGCCCAUCUGAGUCUGCGAUGAAAUUUUCGCUUUAAACCGGAGGACGAAAUUCACCCAAGAUGACGGUGGAUUUUGAGGACUGCAUCAAAGAUUCACCCCGAUUUAGGGCAAACAUUGAUGAGGUGGAGACAGAGGUGGUGGAGAUUGAAGCUAAGCUAGACAAGCUGGUGAAGCUAUGCAGUGGAAUGAUUGAAGCGGGGAAGGCGUACGUCAGCGCCAACAAGCUUUUCGUCAAUGGCAUUCGAGACUUGUCUCAGCAGUGCAAGAAGGACGAAAUGAUAUCGGAAUGCCUGGAAAAGUGUGGUGAGAGUCUGCAGGAAAUAGUGAACUACCACAUGAUCCUGUUUGACCAGGCUCAGAGAUCUGUGAAGCAGCAGUUGCACAACUUUGUCAAAGAAGAUGUGCGAAAAUUUAAGGAGACGAAGAAGCACUUUGAUAAGGUGCGUGAGGAUUUGGAGAUUGCACAGGUAAAGAACGCUCAGGCGCCCAGGAAUAAGCCCCACGAGGUGGAGGAGGCCACCAGCACUCUCAGCAUCACUCGCAAGUGCUUCCGCCAUCUAGCACUAGACUACGUGCUUCAGAUCAAUGUCCUUCAAGCCAAGAAAAAGUUUGAGAUCUUAGAUGCAAUGCUGUCGUUCAUGCACGCACAGUAUUCACUCUUUCAGCAGGGUUAUCACCUCCUGGAUGAGAUUGACCCCUACAUGAAGAAGCUCGCUGCUGAGUUGGAUCAGUUGGUGAUUGAUUCAGCGAUGGAGAAGAGAGAUAUGGAGCACAAACAUGCUACAAUACAGCAGCGGACUCUCCUACAGGACUUUUCCUAUGACGAUCCUAAGGUAGAAUUCAACGUGGAUGCCCCUAAUGGAGUGGUGAUGGAGGGCUACCUGUUCAAGAGAGCAAGCAACGCCUUUAAAACAUGGAACAGGCGGUGGUUCUCCAUCCAGAACAGUCAGCUGGUGUAUCAGAAGAAGCUGAAGGACUCUUUGACCGUUGUGGUGGAGGACCUGAGGCUGUGUUCUGUUAAACCGUGCGAGGACAUUGAGAGGAGAUUCUGCUUUGAAGUUGUGUCUCCUACCAAGAGCUGUAUGCUGCAGGCGGAGUCAGAGAAGCUCCGGCAGGCCUGGAUCCAAGCAGUGCAAGCAAGCAUCGCCUCGGCUUACAGAGAGAGUCCAGAUAACUACUACAUUGAGCGCCUGGACCGCACGGCAUCUCCCUCCACCAGCAGUAUAGACUCUGCCAGUGAGCCGCGAGAGCGCAGUGGCAGGGCUGAGAGCAUCCUGCAGCGAGUACAGUGUCUGCCAGGCAAUGAGCUGUGCUGCGACUGUGGACAGGCUGAUCCACGCUGGGCCAGCAUCAACCUGGGAAUUCUGCUCUGCAUCGAGUGCUCUGGCAUCCACAGGAGUUUGGGGGUGCACUGUUCUAAAGUUCGCUCUCUCACACUGGACUCAUGGGAACCUGAGCUACUGAAGCUGAUGUGUGAGCUGGGAAACAGUGUUAUUAACCACAUCUAUGAGGGCACAUGUGAGGAGCAGGGUGUGAAGAAGCCAGGACCAAACAGCCCCAGGCAAGAAAAGGAGGCCUGGAUCAAAGCCAAGUAUGUGGAGAAGAAGUUCCUGAAGAAGAUGACAACGGGCGUGGUGCUAGUGAACGGAGAGAGGAAGUCAGAGCGGCACUGGAGCGUCAAAAAAUGCAGACGACACAACAGCGCCACCACCAUGCCCAAAAACCGACGGAAGUACAGACAGGAGCCCGGAUCAGCCUCCCCCGCAACGCUGUCCUCAGCUGCUGCUGCUCUGGAGAGAAAGUUUCGGCGAGACUCGCUCUUCUGUCCAGAUGAGCUGGACUCUCUGUUCUCCUACUUCGACACUGGCUCAGGGCCUCGCAGUCCUGCAGGUCUCAGCAGUGACAGUGGUUUGGGCGGCAGCACUGACGGCAGUACUGAUGUCCUGCUCUUUGGCUCUGUGGUGGACAGUGUCACAGAGGAAGAGUGUGAGGUGUCAGAGGAUUCGAGUGGCGAGGCAGAGCUGGAGCCGGAGGCGUCGGAUCCAGAGGACUCGCGUGAGAUUCAUCCAGGAGCUCUGCUCUAUAAGGCCUGUCAAGCUCGUAACUUACCCGUCAUGGCUGAAGCGCUGGCUCACGGGGCUGACGUCAACUCCAUCAACGAAGAGGAUGAGGGCAAGAGCCCCCUCAUACAGGCUGUGAUUGGAGGCUCUUUGAUAGCGUGCGAGUUCUUGCUGCAAAACGGUGCUGAUGUCAACCAAAGAGACCUGAGAGGAAGAGGGCCGCUGCACCAUGCCACCUAUUUAGGACACACAGGGCAGGUCUGUUUGUUCCUGAAACGAGGCGCUACACAGAAUGACGGUGAUGAUGAUGGUCAGGAUCCUCUCAGCAUCGCAGUGCAGGCUGCUAACGCUGACAUCGUCACACUACUCCGUCUGGCGCGCAUGAAUGAGGAGAUGAGGGAAUCCGAGGGUCCUUUUGGUCAGCCAGGCGACACCACUUACCUGGACAUCUUCCGCGAGUUUUCCCACAUGGCAUCCCACAACCCAGAGAAGCUGAAGCGGAGAAGCAUUCACUUCCGCCACUCAUUCAGAGUUUGACAGAUGGACUCCUGUGGACUUGGAAACUAAAGAGAUUCAACUGAUUGCUGUUUCACAGGAUAGAAUGUUUACAGUUGUUUGAACAGAGAUUUUCUGUUUGCAGUGCGUCUAUAUGCUUACGAUUAACUCCACACUGAUUGGCCUCUUGAGAGAUCAUAGAGCUCUGUGGGCAGAAUCGUCUUACAUUUCUCAGCAAACAUGCUGAAGUCAACAUUCUUGGCUAUGAUAUGGUUGCGUGCAAAAGUUUGCAUGUUUUGUUGAUUUGGGAAAAAAAAUAUGUUAAAGCUACACUAUGUAAGAUUUGGAGAUCUCUCUGGUGGAAAUGUGUAAUGGGCCGCCACAGGCGGAAGAACAUUUUGUAAAGUGGGCUGUGCUUCGGACCCCUUCCCCAGCGGAUUAAUGAUUACGAGCAUGUUAAAAAGCAUUGAAAAAGAACUCAGUCAAAACUUGGUGAAGGACGUGUGUUCUGUGGAUGUAGGAGUCGUAGUUAAGUUCAGUGAUACAGCCCUAUCCACGGCGCCCGGGGAGCAGUUGGGGGUUAGGUGUCUUGCUCAAGGACACCUCAGUCAUGGACUGUCAGCCCUGGGGAUCGAACUGGCAACCUUCCUGUCACAGGGCCAGAUCCCUAACCUCCAGCCCACGACUGCCCCAACAUCAUAUCUUCAUCAGUAUAAUGCUGAAUUUAUAACUGAGAGCUAAACACCGAACCAGACCUUCUUUUUGAGGCUUUAUGUGAUGUUAAUGCAUAAAGACGUAUAACGUGGUCCGAAAAACAUCUGUAAAACCUGACCAGCACCUCUGACUUUGAAAUUGCUAUUUCAGGCUUUACAGGGUAUCUUGCAGAAGCACACGCACACCAUAUUUUAGAGUGCAUUUUUUCCAUCUGGAAUUAUUUUACUCCUUUCAAUUUUAACAGAAAAUCUUACGUAGUGCAACUUUAAAGGAACAGUACAACGAAAACUCACAUUUGCGCAGUUCUCUGCUCAGCCCAGAUGUAAUCAAUCAACUCAGACAUGUUUGGAGUCCAGCUUUUAUUUCUUUAGUUUAGAACUAGGGCUACAAGGCUAAUGUUGCUAACAAACACUAGAAAUCAAUAGUCACCCAAAUAGGCCAAAUUGCUUCUGUAAAAUAUGUCACCAAAACUUCUUAAACCACAUCCAGGUCUUGAUCAAGGUUGCGCAGACUUGCCGAUGUGAUUCAGUGUACAGCAUGACUUACUGAGAGCCAUUUCAGGCAACUUCAGGGCUGGUGUUCACAUAGUAGGACUGAUCUUGGAUCAUAUUCCUCUGCAUUUAUGACUAUCAUUGUCACAAAUACUGAUUCUAGAUCGUGCCUACUCCCUUAUAAAGACCUGCAAACGGUUUGGGCGAACUGAAAGAAGUUUUAGUGAUGUAUUUUUACAGAAACAGUUUUGGCUAUUUGGGUGACUACUGAGUUCUAGUGUUCAUUGGCAAUGUUAGCCUCCACUUCUAAACUAAAGAAGCAACUUUAGGCUCAAAACGUUUCGGCCGAUCAGCUACAUAUGGGAUAAAACGAAACUGUGUAAAUUCGAUUUUUUUGCUGAAACAUUUCUUUAAAUUCAGCAAAUAAACAGUAAUUGUGCAUUAAAAUAGGCAGAAGUAAGUUCUCUGUAGAGGAUGUUUUAACUUAUUUGUCACUUAGAAAACCAGCAAAAUAUGUCAUUUGACCUUGACUUUUCCACACAACCAUAUGUGAAGCUACAUAGACAUAAACUGUGCUUUCGUUUUGAAUGUUUAAAAUGGUUUGAAGGAAUGUUUGUACAGCUUUUAUGGCUUUAUGAGGAUCAGCUGGACUUAUCCUCUAUGUUUCUUCUAUGUUGCCUAUAUUAUCAUACUUUGUUUUUUGCUUUUUAAUAUCUUUUAGAUUUUAGCCACUUGGAAAGAAUAACACUUCAGGAGUUUACAGCUGCAUGACUGUAAAAUGUUUAUGACAUUAUCUUAUCUUUUUCUCAAAACAUUUAUCAUCUUUUCCUACAGAACAUACACAUUACUGAUUUCUUUCUGUUUUAUUAGAGAGCGAUGGCAGUGAAUCCCAAUUUAUCAGUAUUUGGGAAAUUUUACUUCAAAACUGUUUUGCCUUCACUUCUGUAAACCGUGCAGUUUAAGUAUAGAAUGUGUUGUUGAAUGAUGACUAUGCUGGUGUAGUCUUGCAUUUGCUUUAUGGUAAUUCUUUACUGUGUUACCAUAAGAUAUUGUACAUGUACAGUACUUUUUAGAUGCAAAAUGCUAAUAUAUCAUGAAAUGAUGGUAUUUUGUAACAAAAGUUGAAAUAAAAUAGAGAAUGCCUCUCA